CCUCCUUGGAGUCUGUGCCAAUUCGGAGAUCCUCCACCAGGAGAGCAAAAGGCCCAGAUGAAGGUGAUGGAGCCAGAUGGUUAGGGGAAGCCAGCUGCCCCCUGAAAGUCACCGAGGACAUCUGGUUUGGUUGCUGUUCCUGCACCUAUGUCACCAGAGAUCAGCAUGCAAUUUUGAGCCAUCUGGCUGCCCAUGGUGAUGAACAAUCCAAGUGCCAGCUUCCUCCCAUGUUUGAUGGCUCGUCCCAAGUGCUCGGCAACACUCGGAACCACAAGAGUGAAAAGCCGUUUAAGUGCAAGCUUUGCUCCCAAGAGUUUGCUUAUAAUUCCCUUCUGACCUGUCAUAAUCGAACACAUGCUGGUGAAAAACAAUUUAAGUGCAUGCAAUGCCCCAAAGCCUUCACUUGGAGGAAAAGUCUGAUGUACCACAAUCGAACACACACAGGUAAAAAGCCAUUUAAAUGCAAGCUUUGUCCCAAAGAGUUUGCUUCUAAUUCCCUCCUGACUUUACAUAAUCAUUUGCACACUGGUGAAAAGCCAUUUAGAUGCAUGAGGUGCACCAAAGCCUUUGCUAAAAAAUCUUCUCUGCGAAGACAUAAUCGAAUGCACACCGGUGAAAAGCCAUUCAAGUGCAAGUGGUGCUCCAAAGCCUUUGCUGAGAGUAGCAGGUUGACCUACCACAAUCGUAUGCACACAGGUGAAAAGCCACAUAAGUGCAAUCAGUGCCCCAAAGCCUUUGCUCAAAGUUCCUCUCUGAGAUAUCAUAAUCGAACACACACUGGUGAAAAGCCAUUCAAGUGCAAGCAGUGCCCCUUAGCCUUUGUUUAUAGUAGCAGUCUGACUUACCACAACAGAGCACACACAGGUGAAAAGCCAUUUAAGUGCAAGCAGUGCCCCAAAGCCUUUGCUCAAAUUUCUUCUCUGAGAUAUCAUAAUCGAACACACACUGGUGAAAAGCCAUUCAAGAGUAAGAAAUGCCCUCAAGCCUUUGCUCUAAAUUCUUCUCUGCAAAGACAUAAUCGAACACACACAGGUGAAAAGCCAUUUGAGUGCAAGCUGUGCCCCCAAGCCUUUGCUCGAAAUUCCGAUCUUCAAAGCCAUAAUCGAACGCACACUGGUGAAAAGCCAUUUAAGUGCAAGCAGUGCCCCCGAGCCUUUGCUCGAAAUUCUGCUCUGAGAAAUCAUAAACACACACUGGUGAAAAGCCAUUUAAGUGCAAUCAGUGCCCCUUAGCCUUUGCUCAAAAUUCCUCUCUACAAAACCAUAAUCGAACACAUACAGGUGAAAAGUCAUUUAAGUGCAAGCAGUGCCCCCAAAGC